UGACGAUAAUAGUCAUUAUUGGCAAAUGGUUAUGAGUCAAGCAACAUGUUUAAAACAAGGAGGAUACAGAGGAAACGACGAGGACGACGUCAAAAAAGUUUAAGACCAAGAAAUUCGUUUAAGGCUGCAAAGUCUAAGUCUCAGACUCAGUCGAAACACGUCAAUGAUAAAGAUGUUAGUAAAGAAUUACAAAUCAUGGGGUUACGCAAAGAUUUGUUCUAUUCAGAUAAAUCUGUAACUACUUCAUACUCUUGGGAUCGCAUAUUUCCUUUGAUGAACUUUAACAGGACUAGUGACUUGACAAGACUGGUCAAGUUAUGUUCAUUGAAGGAAUUAUGUGUGAACAAGAUUGCUCAAGAAGCUGAUCAUAUUAAUCCAUCUUUACUAGAGGAUAUACCUUCAAGACUAUGUUUAGAUAUAUGGAAGAAAAUCUUGUUUCAUCACAAUGAUUCAUUUGGAUUAUACAUGAUUUUUACUAAUAAACUCUUUAAUGUAGAAAAUAAAUUAUUUACAUCACAAGAGUUCUUUGAGAAUCCACCAUCAUAUAAUGAAAGUCUAGGAAUUGCUAGGAAUAAUGCAAUAAUAAUGAAUCGUCCUAUUAGAGGGAAGUUUUAUAGACUGGAAAAUUUAUUUGCCAAUGUAAGUUUAGAUGAGUUUGUCAAACAAAUCACCAAGUGUCAAUUCCCAACAAGUAUAUUGCUUGAUCUAUCAUAUAUGAAUCCAAAACAUUUUAAUUAUGAUGAUUAUUUUAUGAUUUUUAAUAUACCCAAUCUACGAGGACUUGAUCUUUCUAAUAAUGAUAUUAUUGAUGAUAGUUUCCUUAAUAGUCUAUGUAAUGCUAUUAAAUAUUCAAAACUUCCUAAAUUAAGUUCAUUGCUUAUAAAUAAUUGUCCAAGAAUUACCCAAGCUGGCUUGAAUCUAUUAUUGGCAGUCAGAAGAAAUACAGAUCUUAAUUGUAUAUUGACAUACAUAGAAAGUGAUUAUAAAAUAGAUGAAAUGUCGUGCAUCAAAUAUAAAUGGAAACGAGAUUCAGCUUUAAUUUCAUACAGUAAAUUAUCUUUAGGUUUGAAAUCAUUUUCUAAAUUUGAUCAUAAGAAAUCAGAUUUUAAGAAUCCUCAAAAUUCUUUUCAAAUGGAUUUAAAACUAUCAACAAUGUUAUAUAAUUCAUUGGUAUUAGAUUUUGUUGUUCAAAGUGAAAAUUAUGUUCCUGGUUCUAUUGAAACCAACUCCUUAACGGCUGAAAAUGGUUGGAAAAGAAGGACGCUUACCAAACCAUUAAGUCGUCAUGUAUAUAUUCAUGAUAGUAAUAUGCCGAAUACUAUUAUUGAGAGAAAUAAGAAACGAGAAUCUACUAUCGAUCAACUAGGUAUAGAUUAUGAUCAGAAAAUUGUAACCAAUGUUAUACCCAAUAAGAAAAAAGCAAAAUCAAUGAUGAAGGCUGAUGCUAAAUCGUUCUUUUCUAUAUGAUAAUUAUAUAAUAAUUUUAAUUUUACU